AUGAUGGGCGACCGCGUUGACCACCGGCAGUUCGACUACGUGCUGCCCAUCCACGUCGACGUGGACCAAAUAAACGAAGCGAACAAAACGUGCAUAUAUGUCAGCGGCAAUGUGAAUCCCCACGUGUAUUGCAAAAACACCAGUGGGAGACUGACCAAGCUGUUGGGGGGGGGUUACAAUUACCAAGUGGAAGCUACCCCUCAGGAGGAGUCUCAACCAGCUGAAGCAGAGGAGCGGCGAGCAACUGGCACUCCUAAAGGUGGAGUCACCACCUCGGAUAGAAUCCUAUUAGAUAAGACUCUCCUGGGGAAUGGCACAAACAGCGUAGUAGCCACCACGCUGAUUGGCCCAACGCCAAACACGCAGAUGUUCAGUAGGGGAAUCGAAUCGCCUCAAUUUAAUGUAAAGAUAAAAAACACACAAGGGUUUCGCAACGAUAGAGAGAAAACCCUAGAGGAAAUAAUUAUUAAAAACUUCGAGCAGAUAAUAGACCAGGCAGCCUACAGAUUUCAACAGUUUCAUGUGCGCGUGCAGAUCCUACGGGAGUGCUCAUACAUUUUGGCGAGCAUUAUAAAUUCUAUUAUUCUUAAUUUUAUAUACAAUAACAUCAGCAUGAAUUUCGUGGUGAAUUCGGUUAACAUAGGGAUCGUAGACAGGGGCAAGUACGGCGCCUACGUGGCGGAGCUGGCCAGCAGAAGCGCGGCGAGGGUGGCCCCCCCUUCAGUGACUACGAGCAAUCCGGGGGAGGCCACCAACCCGGAGGCUCCUGCCACCCCCCUUUACGCGGACAAACUCUUCUACCGCGAUCGACAGACGUACAUCCCCAAAAUUAUCCUGGACCCCCUCGACGAGGAAGUCGACCGGUACUGCAGCAGCGCCUUCUGCUUCAUCGUCGCCCCGGAAUUUCAAAAGGUCAUCGCUAACAUAGUAAUAAAGAACUCCAUCGGGAUGUCCUCCGAAACGUUUGGCAUCUCCAAGUGGUACGCGUGCGAGGUUUCGCGGCUUUUGCACAGCGGCAUCAGGCGCAGCUACGCUUCGCACUUGCGGCGGCUGGAGACCUGCCUCGCGAGCAACUACCUCUAGGGGGGGCACGCAGUGUGGGGUAUUCCAACCCGUCAGCGUUGCACCGUUUAGGGGCUACCCCCCCCGCAUGCUUCUCCCCCUUCCUCUUUUUUUUUUUUUAUUUUUUUUUUUUUCGUUUCACCCCGCUGUGCGCGAGGCGCUGCCGCUAAGCAGGGCGCGGUUCACUCGUAUGCAGCCCUGCGUGUGUAGGCUCCCCGAAAGUGCCUUUUUUUCUUCGCCCCCGUUCACCAACAGCUUGGAAGCGCUCGCACGUUUGUAAGAUAAUUUUUUCCCCUUCGCUGCGUUGUUGCAUUGCUGCAUAACAGCGUAGUAACGUAACCACGUGUUGCCCCACCGAUCUGGCCUCACCUGAUGCGCCACGUGGAGAGCCCCCCUUGUGGGGUGAACGGAUAAGAAGAGGAGCUCCCCUCGGGGGAAGCCAAAAAUGACGGCGACUCGGCCUCACAUUGGAAACUCGCCUAACCAGCGUGCUUAACACGAGAGCUCGCUCCACCCGCCUGCGAAACGGACGAUGCGAGUCCCCGGGGGAAACCUCCCCCCGGCUGUGAAGCUCAUCUCGGGUUGGAAGCCCCCCGGAAGCAGCCUCCCCGCCACCUGGAGGCGCCUCUUCUUCAGUCACAGCUACAGCCACGGCCUUGCUGGGGGCCUCGCUGGGGGCCCCCUCCUAAUGGCCACCUCCGUGGGGGUAAAACCCCGCGCCAUGUACCCACCACUUAGGGUGACCCCCCACGGAGAAAGCAGUUCCUGUGUGGAAGUACCCUCUGCACGGUUACCCCCACAAAGCUACACCAAGAGCAAAAAAGAUAGCGUAGGGGAAGUGACUCCGCUCCUUUACCCCCACACGAAGAAGACCCC